CACACCCGACUGCCCCACGUUCAAGGUUUUUGUCAACACCAACAACACCACAACUUUGCGAUUCGACACGACGGAAUAAAUUCGACAUCACAUUUAGCCAAAAUGGAUCCCCUUGAUAGCAUGUCCGGCGGGCCCAUCCCCAAGAACUUUGACGCCGAGAACGCCGAGAACAACGAGGAUAUCGAGAAGCAGUUUGCUGUAAAGGUCGUCCAGCACAUGCAGACCUACUGGUCCAUCCUUGAGAUGGUCAAGGGUUCGACCCUCCGCCUGACCAAGAUCGACGACGAAAUCUACGAGCACCUCAAGGCCGACUUCCCCGAGUUCGACCCUGCCGCCACCAUUAACGAGGACGAGAUGAAGAGCAAGCAGGGCAAGGACAGGUGGCGCAAGUUCUUGAUGGCCUACGAGAAGAAGGUUGACGACUACAAUUUCGGCACCAUGGUCCGCAACGACGCCAAGGCCGAGUACGAGGAGAACACCACUGUUUUCGUGCCGCGUAUGCAGUUCUACGCUGUUGAGAUUGCCCGAAACCGCAACGGCUUGAACGAUUGGAUCUACGAGCAGGCUCAGGCUGAGAAGGCCAAGGCCAAGGGCAAGUAAAAUAGAACCAAAGGCCAGGAAUACACCAGAAAAGCACACAUUUCACCGGCAAUUCACCAUCUCGCCGACCGACGACCGACCACGGAUCCAAGGAGCUCCGCGCAGUUGAUAGCGGCGGUUAAAAAGAGGAGGAGAAAACGCAGGGCCUUCUCAGGCGGCUCCCUGUAGAGCCAUCACGGAAUGGCAACAGCCAGGUCCUUGAAUUGUAUUCGAACUUGAACCCCACGUUCUCUUAAGCGGGAGUGUGCGGAACUAGAUGUCUGUAGAUACUGAAAUAUUCAGUGAUACCCCAAUACAAUGCAAUGUUUUUUUCAGGCAA